UCCACAGAAAGGCAGCAAGCUGAGAGCUGGCCCUCACAAAAGGGCUCCAAAUUGAAUGUGAAGUACCGACGGCAAGCAGACGAGAAGCCGCCCGCAGUAAGGGUCGUUCCGGUGGAGAAGCGGAAUAUGGAGAUAUGGAGAACUUCAGCCGGAGGUCGCCCUACAGCCAGAUCGGGAUUGGAGCAGCCGUUGGCUUCCUCUCCGGAUUCGCGGUCCUGAAGGCCCGCAAGAUUGUGGCCUUGACCGCGGGUGGGGCCAUCCUGGGGACGCUGCUGGCCCUGGAGGCGGGGAUCGUGCAGCUGGACCUGCUCAGGAUUGGAUCCCUGACGGAGCAUGUUCGGUAUCGGUGGCCGCACCGAAUGGAAGCCAGGCUCCGCCGGGCCGAGGAACUCGGGGUGAUGGCCAAAAAGGCGAUUGUGACCAGCGGUCGAGUGGGCGUGGCGUUCCUGGCAGGCUUUCUGCUCGGCUUUGGCUUUGCUUAGCGAGCUCAAAUUCGAACAGAAAGCCUGCACCUUUAAUGCUCGGCGGCAACUAUUCUGCCCCAGCCAUCGGAUGCCGGCGAGCAGGGAAAGUUUCCAUAACAAAAGCCUUGAAAAUUUCAUAGAAAUGCUCUUAACAAAUAGCCGAGCCGGCUCUCACCGCACACACACACACACACGCACACGCACACGCACACUCGGAACACAUUUAAAGUUUGUGCUCCCCAUAAAAAGCGUCCCACAAAAACUUCAAACUUGUAACAACAUUUUCAUGCGCUUUUAAGCAUUUCAAUUUCCACCCCGCGCAGGGAAAAUUUAUGCAUAAGCAAAGUUUUUCAUAACCACGGCGAUGUUUCGACAACGUGGCCGCCUCAAAGUGGGCGUGGUGUCGCAUUUCAUAUGCAUUGCGCGGCCUGGGGAGCAUGUGAUUAGCCAAUAGGAGUCAUUUGCAGAAAAAGAAAUGCCAAAUUGUUUAUUGCAUUAGCCUCAACAGGGGGAGAAACGAGAACGUCACGUUUAAACAACUAUUUGACAUGUGGCCGAUAUAUUUUUGCCUUUUUCCGGUACACCCACAUCCACAUCCGCCCGAGGAGAAACAGUAACGACUGCGAAAAACAAAUAUGCCGCACUGGCCAGGAUCUUCUCGAACAACGAAAAUCAAUUUAAAUCGAAACCGAAAUCGAACGCCCACUACGCAUCACGUGCGACUACGGAACACAUGUCGUUCGAGCAAUGAAAUUUGCAUUUGGAAAAGCCAAAAACUGUUUUCUUCUCGGCCAGCCAGAACCCAAUUUAAAGUGCGGCCAAUGCGACUAGUUAAAUGUGACACUUUAAUUAUUCAAGCCCGAUCGCCCGAUAAUAGAUAAUCCCCGCCCAGGAAGGUACAGUCUGUAGUGGUCGGCAGAAUUAAUUGAAAGUGUGCGGGUGGGAGUGCCGAGAGAUAAAUGGAGUUGAAAGUUUGGCUUGUGAUUAGCAUGGGAAUCAGCGGAGCUGUGAAAAAGCGGAAGUCGCAACGAACGAGUGAUUGCGAUGGGGACUGCGGGCGUUGGGGGAUUCAAUUAAUUAAAGGUGAUAAUUGGGUGGCUAA